AUUAAAAAAGAAGCUGUUUUCAUCCUCCAAAAGAAUAUAUGUACAAUGCCUUCAGUAUUCGUGGGAAUCUCGCGCAUCUCAGACAGCAUUGUGACGGUGAUGGGUAUGAUGUGGACAGCGAGUAGCGAGUAGCGACUGCUGAGUAGCGACUCAAGACAUCUGAGAUAGUGAUGAAGACCUGCUUUGGAUCCGGCCCCAGCUGUUGACCUAACCUGAAAGAUGAUGCUGCGUCCCUUGACCUACAGACUGACCCACAGCCUCCUGGCACUGCGUGCUGGGCGUGCGGGCGUGGGGAGGCACCUCCACUAUGAGCAGGGCCAGAACCCUCAGCCUGGCAUCAGGGAAUACUUCUACUAUAUUGACCACCAGGGCAUGCUGUUCCUGGAUGAUGCAAGGAUGAAGAAUUUCACUUCCUGUUUUAAAGAAAAGAAAUUCCUUCAAUUCUUCUUCAGCCGCAUGAAGUUUAAUGAGACUGGCCACUACCCUGACUUUCCUUUUCUGUCUCUGUGUGGCCGUGAGAGGAACUACAUCCGCUGUGAUGACCUACCCCUUGUGUUCACCCACCUAAUCACCAAGGAGACAGCAGAAGGCCCACAAGAGCACUUGGCUUAUGGAAAUGCAGGAGAAACCAUGUCCUUGCCCUUCCAGCCAUCAGAGAUAUGCAUGCAGGUGGAGACAGGCCGAGUGUACCAUCCAGCUUUGGAGCGAGUUGGGGGUGUGGGACUGGUGAAGUCAAAACUAGCCAUUCAGCUCUCCACUUACUUCAUCUUUGGUGAGGGUGAUGAGCAGCCUCCAACACACAUACAGUGGGCAGGGGAGGAGGUGAAGCUAAGCCAGAGUCUUUUGCCAAUCUUGCAAGGUCUAGAGAAUGUUAGGAAGUAUAGCUUAGGACUGGAGGAGGAUUUAGCUGGCUGAGAUGCUGUACCAUUAUGUGUGUGUGUGUGUGUGUGUGUGUGUGUGUGUGUGUGUGUGUGUGUGUGUUUCAUUAUUUGAUCUGCUGCAGUCUCUGACAAGACAGCCAGACGUUACCCUACGGAACGAGCUCAGAGCUCAUUAUU